ACAAGUCGGUAGCGAUGUGAGUCGGACGCCAGCUGUUGUUAUGCUGUACGCUUCUUGUCUUCGCGCUCUUUCGCGCCACGAGCGGCGAAUUUGGGCCAAGCACGAGUACUUUGUACCCUUUCUGACUCGCUCAUAAUCGUAUCGGCCGUCCUCUUCAGCAUUUUCACUCUAGAAUCGUAAUAUAAUAGUAUAACUUGUCAUUGAUGUAAUCACUAAUCAGUUCAAUGUUUACAUUGUGCUCGUAUCAACCUAUGAAAUGUCAUUACGCUCUGAAUAAUCGGUCGCACCGGUGGUUCGGUGUUAGCAAGAUAUUAUGGAUACUAAAGAGUUCGUGAUAAGGUUAUAAUUAACCAAAAUGCCUGUGCUUCGUAACGCUGACAGUCCCGCUUCGAAAGCAACCAAUUCUGUGGCAGUACGAUACGGUGUAGCGGUCCUUGGAGCAUGGGCCGCAGAGACAGCUACGUAUCCGUUCGACCUAACAAAGACAAGGCUACAAAUACAGUCCGAAGUAGCUGCAGCCAAGCAUGGGUACAAGUUGGAGAAUCACGGAAUGAUAAAAACAGCUGUUGGCAUUGCGAAGCAGGAAGGUGUCUUGAAGCUUUGGAGCGGUCUCAUGCCAAUGUUCCAACGACACGCCAUAUACUCUGGCAGUCGGCUCAUAUUCUAUGAACACUUCCGUAAUGCUUUUAAGGACGCUAAUGGGAAGGUCUCGUUGGGAGCCGCUUCUAUAGGUGGGUUGGCCGCUGGGUCGCUGGCUCAAUUGAUCGCAUCACCAACUGACUUGGUGAAAGUACAGAUGCAAGCGGAAGGGCGUCGGAUACUGCAAGGAAAACCCCCGCGUUUUGCCAAUUGCAGGCAGGCAUAUGCGAUGCUCUAUUCGGAAUCCGGCAUUAAAGGUUUUUGGAGAGGUGCCGUACCUAACGUGCAGCGUGCUGCUCUCGUCAACAUGGGAGACCUGGCAGCUUACGACUACACUAAGCAGUUCCUAAUGCGCGAGUUCGGUAUGGCGGACACCGCGGCCGUGCACGCCACGGCCGCUUUCGCCGCCGGCUUCGUAGCUGCUGUCGUGGGCACGCCCGCGGACGUGCUCAAAACACGCCUCAUGAACCAACCGGUGGGACCAGACGGAAGAGGUACGCUGUACCGCGGGAUGAUCGAUUGUCUGCAGCAGUCUGUUAAAAAUGAAGGAAUAUUGUCAUUAUAUAAAGGGUUCCUACCCCUCUGGAUGCGGCUCGGUCCAUGGGCUUUAAUAAAUUGGAUAGCUUUUGAAAACAUCAUGCUUGCUAUUGGAGGUAACACUUUUUAAAUCGCAAAAUGAUGAGUUUAUAUAAUUAUUUACAUGAGGUUUGAAUAAUCGUUACUAGUUUUAGCUAUAACGCUUAUAAUUUUAACAAGGACAAUUAGUAAUUUUUUUAAAGUUGUUAAUUUAUAUCUAUUGGUUGUUGAAUUGUUUUAUUUUAAAAAUUAUUUAGAACUAUAAUUGAUCAAAAGUAAUUCACACAGACAUCCUAUGGUAAGCUUAAUCUCAUACAACAAAACAACACGUAGUAAGGACAAUAUGUAAAAAAUAAAUGCUUAAUAAAUGCUUAGUGCAAUC